GCAGACAGUACUCACGAGGCAGGUUCUCAUCACGACUCCCAGGACACAGUACUCACGAGGCAGGUUCUCAUCACGACUCCCAGGACACAGUACUCACGAGGCAGGUUCUCAUCACGACUCCCAGGACACAGUACUCACGAGGCAGGUUCUCAUCACGACUCCCAGGACACAGCACUCACCAGGCAGAUACAUAAUACUGCAUUCAAGGGAGUGUUGGUGGGAGGAGAUAUCCGUGUUUUGGUCGGUUAGAGUGCAAGAUGCAGGAGUCGGGGCUGACAUCUGCUGUGCCUACUGACCGUUGCCUGUUAGUGGCCGUCUCACAGUGGCCGCCCUAUGUGAUGGGGAACUUCCCGGACUAUACAGGCGCCUCUAUCGAUAUCUUUAAAGUCAUUCAGAAGAAACUUGGAUUCUGCUACGAGUUCAUGCGUCCUCCUGAUGGCCUGUGGGGGGCUCCUCUCCGUAAUGGCUCCUGGUUCGGCAUGAUGGGAAUGAUGCAGCGCAAGGAAGCGGACAUGGCAAUCGGACCGUUCGGGGUGACACUGUCCCGAUCGUCGGUGGCCGACUUUAGCGUCCCGAUUUUGUCGACCGAUCACACCAUCUUUUAUCCCCGGCCGCUGGUCGAGCCCGACCUGCUAGGCUUCACCAAGGCUUUCACUCUCACCGUGUGGGCGGCGGUGUUGGCCAGCCUGGUGGUAGUCACGGCAGCAGCCCUCAUCUGUCACUUCAUCUCACCGCCCAGAGGAAAACGUGAACCAGUUGAGGGGGCUGAAGAUGUCUCAGCCCUCACCUCUCACCCAGCCCCCCACGACAGACUCUCAUGGUUAUGGGGCUACAUGGUUCUUCUCGGUCAAGUGUUGUUGAAGAGGAAGAGUGGAGCAGGAGAGAGAGUGGUGGUAGCAGUGUGGCUUCUCGCGUCCCUCAUCUUGGCGGUGGUGUACAAGAGUAACCUCAAGGCUUUACUCAUCGUCCCUAAGGUGAGGAUCCCCUUCGACUCCCUGGAAGAGUUGGUCACCCAGGACGAGAUGAAGUGGAACUUCCCUAAGGGCUCCAUCGUGCAAAGCUUCUUCGAGGCGGCCUACGCGGAGAACGCCACCUCUACCAUGGGUCUUGGGUGGGCGGGGCAUUACAAUCUCCUCCUUCUACCCAGGUCGAGCAUCCCUAGUGCCUUGAGUGGUGUAGCAGGUCUACUCACUCGUCACUCUUCUAUAUACAUGAUGGCACAAGACUUCUCACAGCGAGGGUUGUGUCGGCUGGCGAUCACAAGGGGAGGCUUCAUGGCCGUACAGUAUAGUAUGGCCUUCCCUCUCAACUCCUCCCUCAGGCCCGUCGUCGACCAACUGAUCUACCAUAUGGGUGAGUUUGGUCUUUUGGAUAAGUACCUCCGGGCUGACAUAAGCAACACGACACACUGCCUCCAGCCUCCGGGACGAGAAGACUACCGCUCUGACCGUAAGCUGGCCAUUGGUGACUUCCUCGGUGUGUUCAGUCUCUACGCUGCUGGGGUGGUGGGGAGCGUGGUGGUGUUCCUGGUGGAGGUGGUGAGUGACCAUUGGUGGAGAUGUGCCAGGAAGGUGUCCUGGUUACAACCCUCGACGGGUUUGGGUUCAGGAGGGAGACGGUCACGGACCAGACACCUUCACCUUGUUGGUGCCAUCAACGGCGGUGGUCCUGACUGGCUCCGCCGGUCCUUAUGGGUGAAGUUCUUCACCAUAGUAACAGCGACCAGUAUAUUGGUAGGACCGACAGUGAGAAUAGAUGUCAGUCGACCAGUAACCAAGUCGGUCCUCCUCUCUAGGUCUUCAAACCAAGAGUUUUUAAAGGUAAUACUGUUCAUUAUAGACUUCCCCUUUGUUGUAGCUCCCAGGGGCUACACCUCGAGAUACUGUAGUGCAAAUAUUGUUAGAGUCUUCCAGGAAUUUCUUGCGGACUUCGCCUACUCGGAGGUGUUCGAGACAGCAGCUGCUCUUUUUCAGAGUUACUUGAUCUCCUCAUUGAGACAUUUGGUGAUGGCAGCCCAGCCACAAGUUGACGACGGAGCCCAUGACUUCUACCAACACAACGCCACAGUUUGUUACAACUGUACAUUUCUCGAAUUAGCCAGAACACAAGGGCCACGUCUUCUCGGCCAUCAGAACACAGGGGCCUCGUCUUCUCGGCCAUCAGAACACAAGGGCCUCGUCUUCUCGGCCAUCAGAACACAGGGGCCUCGUUUUCUCGGCCAUCAGAACACAAGGGCCUCGUCUUCUCGGCCAUCAGAACACAGGGGCCUCGUCUUCUCGGCCACAGAACACAGGGGCCUCGUCUUCUCGGCCAUCAGAACACAAGGGCCUCUUUUUCGGCCCUUAGAGCACUGGUACCUCCUCUUCUUGGCUAUAUUGGGACGAAGACCUCAUCUCCCUGGCCAUCAGAGGACUAUGACCACUCUAUAUGGCCAAAGGAGUAAAAGGACCUCAUCCCCACUGGUCGUCAGAUCACAAGGACCUCCACUCUGUGGCCAGCAGAACACCUAG